GAUGACGGUUUUCUCAGGUCAAACAGGAACAGGGAGCAGGCCAGCUUCCGUGCAAUGCCACCAAGACUCCGUUCCCUUCCGUCCUGCCAGGACUUGCAAACAUAAAAAAGAGCAGCGCACGAGGCCGAGGCAUCCUCCUCCUCCUCUGCUUAAAUCCUAGUCACUGCUGCAGUGCGGCUGCCGCCGCUGCUCCAUCACGACGACGCCAACCACCUCAGCUCACUAGCUCCCGCGGACCCGCCUGAGCGCAGCCAAAACCGGGGAUCCCAGGCGCAGCAGCUAGCAUGGCCGCGCCAUGCAGGGACCUCACGGGCCUUCGCCGGGGGCUUGCCGCGGCGAGGCUGGCGCCGGGGCGCCGGGGCGCGAACAAGCUCUGCCUCGCGCCGUUCCACCACCGCGCGCCGCCGCCGCAGCAGCAGCAGGGGAGGAGGAGGCAGCGGCAGGGGCUCAAGGUGGUGGCUGCCAUCAGCGAGGACCUGCCGAGGCUCGCGGCGCCCGGGACCGGGAAGGGCGCGCCGGAGGGCAGGCGGCCGGAGAAGGUGCUGGUGCGGGCCGCGCUCACGGUGCGCCGCAAGCACAAGGAGGACCUCAAGGAGGCGCUGGCCGGCCACCUCGACGCGCUAUGGGACAUGGUUGGCCGGAGCGUCGCGCUCGAGCUCAUUAGCACCAAGAUCCACCCCAGGACCAAGAAGCCGUUGCACAGCGGUCAGGCAUCGAUCAAAGACUGGUGCCAGAAGAGGGGCGUCAAGGGAGAGCACGUCGUGUACACGGCUGAGUUCAUGGUGGAUUCAGACUUCGGCGAGCCUGGCGCCAUCACCGUGGCCAACCGGCACCAUCGGGAGUUCUUUCUGGAAAGCAUCGUCGUCGAGGGUGGGCUGCCGUGUGGUCCGGUGCACUUCGCCUGCAACUCCUGGGUGCAGUCCACCAGGGAACUGCCGGGAAAGAGGGUGUUCUUCAGUAACAAGCCGUACUUACCAUCUGAAACACCACCCGGGCUUAGAGAACUACGGGAUAAGGAAUUGAAGGACCUUAGAGGAGAUGGCACAGGAGUACGGAAGCUAUCUGACAGAAUCUAUGAUUAUGCAACAUACAAUGAUUUGGGGAAUCCAGAUCGGGGGAAAGAGUUCAUCAGGCCAAUCCUUGGAGGUGACAACAUCCCUUAUCCACGGCGAUGCCGAACUGGUCGCCCACCAACUGAUACAAACAUGCUAGCUGAGAGCAGAGUAGAGAAACCUCACAGGAUAUAUGUACCUCGGGAUGAGGCGUUUGAGGAGCUGAAGCAAGGUGCCUUCUCAUCAGGGAGGCUGCGGGCAGUACUUCAUACGCUUAUCCCAUCGAUGAUUGCAACCAUCUCAGCUGAGACCCACAGCUUCCAAGGCUUUCACCACGUUGAUAAUCUAUACAAGGAAGGCCUCAGGCUGAAGUUGGGUCUCCAGGAGCACCUGUUCCAGAAAAUACCCCUUGUUCAGAAGAUUCAGGAAUCAAGUGAGGGGAUGCUUCGCUAUGAUACACCUAGAAUUCUUUCCAAGGACAAGUUUGCAUGGCUCCGUGACGAUGAGUUUGCUCGACAGACUGUGGCAGGAAUAAACCCAGUUAGCAUCACCAGGCUCACGGUUUUCCCACCAGUAAGCAAGAUGGAUCCUGCAAUCUAUGGCCCGCCAGAAUCAUCGAUCACAGAAGCGCACAUCACUGGACAGCUCAAUGGACUCACGGUACAACAGGCGGUGGACGAGGCAAAGCUGUUCAUAUUGGACUACCAUGAUGUAUAUAUGCCAUUCCUGGACCGGAUCAAUGCAAUAGAGGGGCGGAAGGCGUAUGCAACCCGGACAAUCUUGUUUCUUACCAAAGCUGGCACAUUGAAACCGAUUGCUAUUGAACUUAGCCUUCCUCCGAGCAAGGCAGGCGAGCCCCGGCCAAGCAAGGUCCUUACUCCUCCCGCUGAUGCUACCUCCAAUUGGCUAUGGAUGCUUGCCAAAGCUCAUGUCAGCUCCAACGACGCCGGUGUUCACCAGCUCGUUAAUCACUGGCUGAGGACACAUGCUGUAAUGGAGCCGUUCAUAUUGGCAGCGCAUCGGCGUAUGAGCGCAAUGCACCCAGUCUUCAAGCUCCUGCACCCCCACAUGCGGUACACGCUGGAGAUCAAUGCGCUAGCACGGCAGAGCCUGAUCAGCGCGGACGGUGUCAUCGAGUCGUGCUUCACCCCUGGUCCCGUCUCCUUCGAGAUCAGCGCUGCAUACUACCGCGACCACUGGCGGAGAGUGGCCGUGGAGGAUGCGUCGCAGCCUCAUGGCAUCAGACUCCUCAUCGAGGACUACCCUUACGCAAACGACGGGCUCCUGCUGUGGUCGGCCAUUCGCAGCUGGGUGGAGUCGUAUGUGCAGCUCUACUACCCGGACGCCGGCACCGUUCAGUCCGACGACGAGCUCCAAGGGUGGUACCACGAAACGGUCCACGUCGGGCACGCCGACAUCCGGCACGCGCCCUGGUGGCCCUCGCUCUCCACGCCGGGGGACCUCGCGUCCAUCCUGACCACGCUCGUCUGGCUCGCGUCGGCGCAGCACGCGGCGCUCAACUUCGGGCAGUACCCGCUGGGCGGGUACGUCCCGAACCGCCCGCCGCUGAUGCGCCGGCUGCUACCGGACCCGGAGCGCGACGCCGCCGAGUACGCGACGUUCAUGGCGGACCCGCACCGGUUCUUCCUGAACGCGAUGCCCGGGGUGCUGGAGGCCACCAAGUUCAUGGCUGUGGUGGACACGCUGUCGACGCACUCCCCCGACGAGGAGUACCUCGGCGAGGAGCGCGACGAGCCGUGGACGGGCGACGCUGCCGCCGUGGCGGCGCACGACAUGUUCACGGCCGACGUGCGCCGCGCCGAGGAAGCCAUCGAUAGUCGAAACGCGGACCAGCGCAGGAAGAACCGGUGCGGCGCCGGGGUGCUGCCGUACGAGCUGCUGGCGCCCAGCUCGCCGCCGGGGGUCACGUGCCGCGGCGUGCCUAACAGCAUCUCCAUAUGAAUGAGUGCAUCGUUCGUUGUUUUUCCACAUUUUUUUUCUACGGGUACUAUUAUGUAUUGGUUUUCAAGCAAAUUCGUGCCUACGCCAGCACUUGUAGAGAAUACACUACGAACAUAUAUCGAAAAUACCAAAUCUGCCAAGAAUGAGGAUUGAACAUUCUUGGCCUCCA